AUGGUGGAGUGGUGCGCGAUUAUAUACGACAAGCCCGGCGUGGACCGGUCGGUGCACAGGCAGGAGCACCUGGCGGAGAUCCCAAAGCUCGUGGAGCAGGGGAAGCUGGUGCAGGCGGGCGCGAUCUACAAGGAGGUGGUGGACGGGCGGCCGUCACAGUUUGCCGGGUCGCAGCUGACGCUGGUCGCGGACUCCAGGGAGGAGGCGCUGGCGAUCAUCCGCGAUGACCCGUUCGCCAAGCAUGGCGUGUGGGACGUGGAAAACGUCGUGCUCUACCCGUUUGGAUGUGCAGUGCGCAAGGAGAAACAGUAA